AUGCUUGCGUAUGAACCGACUGACGUAGUAGAUAAUAAGUUUGUUUACCUGAGCAGCUGUAUCAGUCCAGGUGGUCUCGCGAAAGAUGAUAUUUCAGUCCUGAUCGAGAGGACCAGAACAGCUAUUUUAAAUAUCAAGUUUACAAUGCUGCGGUGCGCUCCAUAUCAACAUACGGAAGCUGAGCGCCGAGGAUGUCAGUGUUUGACCUUAGGUGUCUUCGAAGCAUUGCGAGGUAAACGUUCACGUCAAAACAACCAUCAAAGGUGCACAAGGUUUAUUAAUGCCCAAAACGAAUUCAGGAACAGUUGUACAGCGCUUCGUAUAUAUAGCGUAGGCGGUUACAACUUUCUGGAAUUUCUGACGCGUUCUGGAUGUGACAUUGGCAACCGGCAUUUGGCCAACACUGGAUCUCGUCUUGCUGCCGGACCGGCAGGCGUCCCGAAUUCUUGGCCAGUCUCAUGCGGACUAGGCCUAUCGGCCAUAGCCGCGCCUGAAGACGUGCGGUAUAGCGGGAUCCGUGUGGAUUCCUGCCUAACAGUAGUCAUCAACGAAAAGUGUUUUCACCUGUUCAGAGAGGAACAACAGCCUCCUCUACCAGGGUAUCUAAACAAAGACAACGGAGUCGACUUAUCAAGGCUGGUUAUCGGUGUGAAGGGUGAUGACAAUCCGAGUCAGUCGCUCAGAAUUGCGUUUGAGCGGCGAGAAGUUGUAACGCUUUGGAUUUCGCCCGUGUAUCUGUUAUCCAAACUUGUUCAUUGUUUUAUAAGCAUUGGGCUGACAAGCGAGAGGACGAUAGAUCAAGCAGAACACAGAGUGGAUAGUACGAAAAGGAAGGCAUCCGAAAAAAAAGAUGAUCGUUCAGCUGUAGCACCCUUUCGGUGCCUAGCUGCCAUGCAACCCGAAGGAAGCACGAGGUCUGGGAUACAGCCAGGUUGCCCAAGCCUAGACAGGGGAAGUCGAGAGGCAGAGGUUGGGUUCGAACCACGGACCUUCCGGUCAGUAAAUUCGCGCCCUAACCACUUCGGCUAUCUGACUUCCUGUAGAUGUUGUAGGCGCAGUGCCCUGGAAACAUCAAAACCGAGAGAUUCGGCUGGGUUUCAGUUCCCCAUCCGCUGUUUGAACAAUCUGGUGCGACUGUACGGUGGUUCUCAUCUCCGCAACCUCAGUCAUUGGGCACUAGUGGCUAACUCAACUUUAGUGAGACGUAACACACUACCCGUAAGGUUGCUGAAAACUACUCGGCAGUCCACGAAUGGUUUCACCUUUGCCGGUGGGGGGGCACUCCCUAAGUCGCUGUUCUACCUGAACUAA